UAGAAGAGAGGAGUUAGAGAGAGUUGGAAUUAGAUAUAAAGGUCCAAGUAGGGUAGCUUCUGAAGGCCCAACACCCCACCCAAACCCCUUUAGGUGCUCAGUUCUACGGGCGAGUUGCAGAGGGUUCCGAAAGGACGACAAAAGAACGAACAGGAAGAGAAACAGAAACAGAUGAUGAGGAAGUGAUAUCAUCAUAAAAUUCCUGUCAAGUCAGGUCCUCCAUUCUAUUCUUCCCCUAAUCCAAAACUGUGGUCUUGGAUUCGGAUCGACAACGAAUGGAAACAGACUAAAAAUUGAAUUUUUGUUUCGUUUCUUCAUUGGCUUUCUGGGUUUUCUUUGAUUCUGGAAAUCGAUGUACAGUUAGGGCUUUUUGAUCCUCGGCUGAUUGCAAGAUCGCUUAUUUCCUAUCCGAAUCAGUUAUUUUAAAUAUUUUUUUUCUUUCUGUUCCGGAUGUAGCUCAAGUUUAGGGUUCUAUUCUUUACUGAUUGAUUGUGGAUUUCGUUUUGGUGCGGAAGAAAGGAGGCCUUUGUGCUGGUGGGACUUAUAAAUCUGCGGCUGUUGCCGGUUGAAUUCCGGAGAUAUGUUGGAGGGUCGGUCUUGUCUGAUUUCGAGGCCCUUACCAAAUUCCUGUGAGCAAGAGAGUAAUUGGGCUUUCAUGCCUUGCCGUCGCAUAGAGGUCUCUAAUGGCAAGCGUCAUUUAGAAGGUGAAGGGGAAGAAGAGCUUCGGCAGAGAAAGUUAUCUAAGUCAUCCGAUGCUUCUCAGAUAGAGGAAACGACUCGACAACUGCAAAAUCUCUCCCAGCCCUCUGAAGACCAAUUUGAUUGUGAGCUACAUCGUGGGGAUCAAUCAGAUUCAAAUUCCCUCAACCAGCCUAUUUGCCACAACAUCUCAAUGAACUGCCCCCUUGACAUUCGUCAGAGAGAGGUAAUGUCUAAAAACCUUCAUGAUUUCUCCAGCUCUCCUGCAGACCAAUCCAACGAAUCCGGUAGUAGGCAACGUCAUGGGAAUCAAUCAGAUUUGGAUUCCCUAAUCCAGCCCAUUGGCCGGGACAUCUCGAUCAAUUGCCUCCUCUUUUGUUCAAGGUCUGAUUACGGUUCUUUGGCCUCACUGAAUCGUAGUUUCCGCUCCCUGAUUCGAAGUGGGGAGCUUUAUAAAGAGAGGAGGAAAAAGGGUCUCAUCGAGCACUGGGUUUAUUUCUCUUGUCACCUCCUUGAGUGGGAAGCAUUUGAUCCCAUUCGUCGCAGAUGGAUGCAUUUGCCAAGGAUGCCUGCAAAUGAGUGUUUCAUGUGGGCUGAUAAGGAGUCCCUGGCUGUGGGUACUGAGCUUCUGGUAUUUGGGAAGGAAGUAACUUCUCAAGUCAUAUACAGAUACAGUAUAUUAACAAACUCAUGGUCCUCUGGCCUGGAGAUGAACGCGCCCAGGUGCUUGUUUGGGUCUGCUAGCCUUGGGGAGAUCGCGAUUCUAGCUGGAGGUUCUGAAUCACAGGGGAGAGUAUUGAGUUCAGCCGAGCUUUAUAACUCAGAGACUGGAACUUGGGAGACUCUCCCAAGCAUGAAGAAGGCAAGAAGGAUGUGUUCCGGGGUAUUCAUGGAUGGAAAAUUCUAUGUAAUUGGGGGAAUAAGCGAUGAUGCUGAGGCACUCUCAAGUGGAGAAGAAUACGAUUUGAAGAGUAGAAGUUGGCGUGAAAUCCCUAACAUGUAUCCUAUACAGAAUGGAGCAAAUGGAGGAACAGCUCCACCUCUGGUUGCAGUAGUACAGAAUCAGCUAUACGCAGCUGAUUGUGCAGAGAACGAAGUGAAAAAAUAUAUAAAAGAGAGUAACUCUUGGGUCACCGUCGGGAGAUUGCCUGAGCGAGCGGUUUCAAUGAAUGGUUGGGGACUUGCAUUUAGGGCAUGUGGUAGCCAGCUUAUUGUAAUUGGUGGACCAAGGGCCUUGGCUGGAGGGAUAGUAGAGCUAAAUUCAUGGUCACCAAAUGAAGGCCCACCACAGUGGGAGCUUCUAGCCAGUAAGCAUUCACCCAACUUUGUUUAUAACUGUGCUGUGAUGGGUUGCUGAUGUGUUGGGUUUUGGUGACACCAUGACCAACUGUAUUUUCUAUCAAUGGAUGAUGGGAUGUACAAGAUGGUCUGAAAGGGCACAGGAUCUUUUCCUGUCUAAUGGGUAUUUUCUGCUUCUCUCUCUCUCUAUUUUUUUUUUCCUGGGAAAUUUCAGGUUUACUCCAGAUUCAAUAGAAUGGUUUUCUUGUAAGAAGUUCUUGAAUUUUUCUUUUCUUUUUUCCCCUUUUAUAUUUAUUGUUAUUUCUCUUUUAUAUUAAUGAAAAGGCUCCAAUACAUUGGUAGGGUUA